AUGUCGCAGGCGCUUUCAGAGGAGGAGUUUCACCGUAUGCAGGCUCAGCUGCUGGAGUUGAGGACACACAACUAUCAGCUGUCUGAUGAACUGAGGAAGAACUCCGCUGAGCUUAGCACCUUGCGUCAGAAAAAUGUGGUGUUGGAAAGAGAUUUUGUCAAAGCACAGAAGGCACUUAAUAAAAGUAAAAAAGCACAGGAAGUGGAAGCACUGCUGAGCGAGAACGAGAUGCUUCAGGGAAAACUUCACAGCCAGGAAGAGGACUUUCGACUGCAAAAUAGCACGCUUAUGGCAGAACUCUCCAAGCUGUGUCUGCAAAUUGAGCAGCUGGAACUGGACAACAAGCACCUCAAGGAAGAGGGCGGCGCCACAGCUUCCCGACCGAGUCCUAAUGCCACCUCCAGUGCUACUGAUGAAGAGUUGCUGCGCCUGCAGGCUGAGAACGCCACGCUGCUAAAGAAAGUACGAGCCCUGCAGGAGCACUAUACAGAGCAGCCAAAAACGACACUCUCACACAUCGAACAAAACGCUACCUCACAGACAGACCAGUCAGUGGGCGCCAAUGGGAUGUGUGAUGUCAGUGGCAAAGGGGAGGAUCCAGCAGCAGAGCGUGUCAGUGGGCAGCAGGAUGAAUCUCAGCUGGAACAGACAAAGUUUCAUGGCCUGUCAGAGAAGAGCGUAGAGGAGAUUGUAGCUAAGCAGUCAGCGCUAGGCUGGUCGGCUGCUCUGUGUCCAAUAACUCACUGCUUUGGAGCAGAGCUGGAGGUCGCCCUGAGCACCCAGCACGAGGAGAAGAGGCUGCUGAGGGAACAACUGCGCCAGCUGGAGGUCUCCAAACAGGCUGAGCUGUCCAAACUGCAGGAUGAUUUGUCAAAGCUGUCUGACAAGUUAAAGAAGAAACAGGAAAGUUUCCAGCGUCUUCAGGCAGAGAAGGAGGUUCUGUACAAUGAUAGCAGGACAAAGAUUGAGGAGAUCAACCAAAGAAAGGAGGAGGAGCUCAAGUUGAUGAACACACGAAUCCAGAAACUCCAAUCGGAUUUGACAGCAGCCAAUCAGGUGACGGCAGAGCUGAGAGAGAAGCUCCAGACCCACGACAAAGAACACCAACUGGCCGUGAACGCACUCAAAGAUCAGGUAGCGAGUCAGAGCGCAGUCAGCCAGGAGCAGGUGGACAAUAUCUUGCAGGAGAAUGAUGCUCUGAGGACAAAUCUUGCUGCUUUAGAACAGAUUCAAACAAGCAAGAUGCAGGAGGUUAGCCUACUACGCGAACAGCAGGAGGCGCAGGCCGCAGAACUGCAGCAAAGUCGAACGGAGCAGGAAAAGCUUUUGGCGCAGAGGGAUGACCUGGACUCACAGUUGCAGGAGUCCAAUUUUGCAAACAGGAAGUUGUUGGAGCAAUUAACAGAAGAAGGACAAGAAAAGGAGAAACUUAUGAGGGAGUUUGAAGAGAGCAAAAAGACGGCUGAUAAGCGGAAGGUUAUGCUAGAUGACAUGGCCAUUCAACUAAAUCAGGAGAAGUCCAACCACAAGGAGGCGUUGUCAGAUCUCAAACUGCAGCAUGAGAAGGAGGUCCUCAGCGUGAGAGCUCGCUACGAGAAGGAACUUCGAGGUCUGCAUGAAGAGAAAAAUCGCUCCGAGGAAGACAUUCGGCAGCAGCUGAGAGAUGAGAAGGCUCGUUGCAAAGAGUUGGAGAGUUUUCAGACCAAAGUGCAAGAACUUGGCAGUCAGUUGCAGUCCAUGGAAGAAACCAAAGGAUGGUUUGAACGUCGACUUGACGAGGCUCAGGAAAAUACUGGCAAGUUGAAAUUAGAACAUCAAGAAGCUGUCAAAACUCUCCAGGAGCAACACACACUUGACCUACAGGCCAAGCAGGUAGAGGCCGAAGCGGUCCACGGGAAGCUGCUGGAGGUCCAGAAUCAACGAGAUGAGCUACACAGCUCCAUAACCAAACUCAAACAGGAGAUCAAAGACACAGUGGAUGGACAACGAAUUUUAGAGAAAAAAGGAAGUGCAGCGUUGAAGGACCUAAAAAGACAAUUGCAGCUGGAAAGGAAGCGAGCAGACAAACUGCAGGAGAGACUUCAAGAAAUACUAACAAACAGCAAGAGCAGAACAGGCCUCGAGGAGUUAGUCUUGUCUGAGAUCAACAGUCCCAGUCGCACUCAGCAGACAGACUCGUCCUCUGUCUCAUCCUUCUCUUACCGAGACAUGAUGAAGGAAAGCCAGAGCAGCGGUCAGAACAAGUCGGGUGGAGGAAGUCCUCAAUGUCAGCGCGCCGCAGAGCUAUCUGAUGACGAGCUGGGUGAACUGUUUCAAAGGCUUGCAGAGGUCCAACAGGAGAAGUGGAUGCUAGAAGAGAAGGUCAAACAUUUGGAGGUAAGCUGCUCGUCCAUGGCAGAGGACAUCUGCAGGAAGAGCGCCAUCAUUGAGACAUAUGUCAUGGACAGCCGCAUAGAUGUAUCAGGCGGCGCCACGGGUGGUCACGGAGCUCCUCAGGCCGACCGAGGCGGCCUGGGUUCUGUCUUGAGGGACCUGGUCAAGUCCGGAGACGACAACCUGCGCGAGAUGAACAAGAAGCUGCAGAACAUGUUGGAAGAGCAACUGACAAAGAACAUGCACCUUCACAAGGACCUGGAGGCUUUAUCCCAGGAAUUAGUUCGUCUCAGUAAAGAACAAGUACCUGACAGCAGUACAGGUGACUCUGGUUGA